AUGGCUCCUAAGAAAGCUGCUGCGACCAAUGGCGAAGCUGGUGAAGCCGGUGGCAAAUUCACCUGGGAGGGUCCGAAUGACAACAAGCUCUUGCUGUUGACUCAAGGCCGCUACGUCAAACCUGACGAGUACGACCAGCUGUCCAAGGCGUUUUCAGGCACCACCAUCGGUUCCAUCCGCAACCGCAUCUCGGCGCUCCGCGUCAAGCAGCGUGACCUCUACGAGACACUGGGCUGGGACGUCCCCGAGGGCGGUGCCGGCCACUCAGCCAAAAAGACCAAGGGCGGCAAGCGCAGCAUUGACGACGACAGUGGUGAGCCUCAGACGCCUACCAAGAAGUCGCGUGCGACCAAGGCCAAGAAGACUCCAAAGAAGGGAGGUAGCGACGGCGAGAGUGGCGGAGAGAAAGGUCUCGUGGUCAAGGAGGAGGAGGUUGAGCCUGAUGAGGUCUGA